GGCUCGGGGCGGGGGCGGAAAGUGGGAGAGGAGGCCGGGCCGGCCGAGGGCACCGGGCGCGCUUCCGCCGGCCGCGCCGCGCACGCCGCGGUAAAUGGGAGGCUCGGCCGGCAGGGGCGGGGGCCGCGCAGCCGGGGAGUUUCAGGAACUGGAGGAGCGGGCGGCGGCCGGAGUCGCCGAGCGCCCAGCGGCGGGGCCUGAGCGCCGAGACUCGGGGCCGAGGCGGAGCCGCCGCCGCCGCAGCGCCGGGGCCCAGCCGUAGCCGCCGCCGCCGCCCUCGCCCGCCCGCCUCGGGCCGACAGCCGCGGCGCCGGAGAGGAGCCGGCCGUCCCGGGCCGGGGGAGCCGCCCGCCAUGGCCACCAAGGCUCGGGUUAUGUAUGAUUUUGCUGCUGAACCUGGAAAUAACGAACUGACGGUUAAUGAAGGAGAAAUCAUCACAAUUACAAAUCCGGAUGUUGGUGGAGGAUGGCUAGAAGGAAGAAACAGCAAAGGAGAACGAGGGCUUGUUCCCACAGACUAUGUCGAAAUUUUGCCCAAUGAUGGAAAAGACCCAUUUUCUUGUGGAAAUUCAGUGGCCGACCAAGCCUUCCUCGAUUCUCUCUCAGCGAGUGCCGCUCCGGCCAGUUCAUCAGCUGCCAACAGUAAUAACCAGGUCAGCAGUGGCAAUGACCCCUGGUCAGCCUGGAGUUCUUCCAAAUCUGGAAACUGGGACAGCACGGAUGGCUGGGGAGCCAAGCCAGAGGGGGCCGCGGCCCAAAGAAACACCUCCAAUAACUGGGACACUGCCUUUGGUCACCCCCAGGCCUACCAAGGACCAGCAACCGCGGGUGAUGACGAUGACUGGGACGAAGACUGGGACGACCCCAAGGCGGCCACCCCCUACUUCAAGGAUUCAGAGUCAGCAGAGGCAGGGGCUGCUCAGCGAGGCAACAGCCGGGCUGGUUCCUCCUCUAUGAAGCUGCCACUUAACAAAUUUCCCGGAUUUGCAAAACCUGGUAUGGAACAGUAUUUGUUGGCCAAGCAACUAGCAAAACCCAAAGAGAAAAUUCCUAUCAUUGUUGGAGAUUAUGGCCCGAUGUGGGUUUAUCCUACCUCUACGUUUGACUGUGUGGUAGCAGAUCCCAGGAAAGGCUCCAAAAUGUAUGGUCUGAAGAGCUACAUUGAAUAUCAGCUAACACCUACUAACACUAAUCGAUCUGUAAACCACAGGUAUAAGCACUUUGACUGGUUAUAUGAGCGUCUCCUGGUUAAGUUUGGGUCAGCCAUUCCAAUCCCCUCUCUCCCGGAUAAACAAGUCACAGGUCGCUUUGAAGAAGAAUUUAUCAAGAUGCGCAUGGAGAGACUUCAGGCAUGGGUGACCAGGAUGUGUCGUCACCCAGUCAUCUCAGAAAGUGAGGUUUUCCAGCAGUUUCUAAAUUUCCGAGAUGAAAAGGAAUGGAAAACUGGGAAGAGGAAGGCUGAGAAAGACGAGCUGGUAGGAGUUAUGAUCUUUUCCACCAUGGAACCAGAGGCCCCUGACUUGGACUUACUAGAAAUAGAACAGAAGUGUGAUGCCGUCGGGAAAUUCACCAAAGCCAUGGAUGAUGGUGUGAAGGAGCUACUGACCGUGGGCCAGGAGCACUGGAAACGGUGCACAGGACCAUUACCCAAGGAGUAUCAGAAGAUAGGAAAGGCUCUGCAGAGCUUAGCAACAGUGUUUAGUUCCAGCGGUUAUCAAGGCGAAACGGAUCUCAACGCUGCGAUAACAGAAGCAGGAAAGACUUACGAAGAAAUUGCCGGUCUUGUGGCAGAACAGCCAAAGAAGGAUCUCCAUUUCCUCAUGGAAUGCAAUCAUGAAUAUAAAGGUUUCCUUGGCUGCUUCCCUGAUAUUAUUGGCGCCCAUAAGGCAGCGAUAGAAAAAGUGAAAGAAAGUGACAAACUGGUGGCAACUAGUAAGAUCACCCCACAGGACAAACAGAACAUGGUGAAGCGCGUUGGUACCAUGUCUUACGCGUUGCAAGCUGAGAUGAAUCACUUCCAUAGCAACCGGAUCUAUGACUACAACAGCGUCAUCCGCCUGUACCUGGAACAGCAAGUGCAGUUCUACGAAACAAUUGCAGAGAAGCUGAGGCAGGCCCUCGGCCGCUUCCCGGUGAUGUAGGACAGAACGGCACACGAAGCGAACUCCCAAGUGCUUCUUUCCGACCUGGGGCAACGCAAUGUGAUGUUUUUCCCCUGUCAUCAAAAUCAAAAAGGAAGGAAAGAAAACCAAAAAGAAAUAGAGUUGCAAAAAACUGCAUCUACUUUAUUAACCAACUGAAACGCACCGGUUCCUUAGGGAUAGUCUUGUUUUGUUCAUUUCCACAUCCGUUAUUAAAACGAUGGAAAUCGUCUCUAUUUUUGGAAAGUACUUAAAGUUAUCAGAAUUUUGAACAGAAGAUUAGGGGUUUCCCCCACCGAUAUUUUACAUAAAACUGUAAUUUUUACGUCGCCCACGAUCUUCUGGUUCUUACCCAAUGUCAGGUAAUUACUAAUUGCUUUCUUAAAAAUAUGAAGUAUGCCAGAAUAAAAUAUAUAUAUAUGUUCGUAUAUUUUUAUAACUCUUUUCAGUCCUUUGGGAUUCCUGUCUAUUUAGGAAAACCUACAUGCCUUUCACUGACAUAUUUAUGACUCGGGCGCUCAUGUCUUCGGGAGAGAGGAAGCAAAGAGGGGCUCCUGGGGCGGCCGGCCCCCUCGCGUACAGCUCGGUGGUGGCCCGUGGUCCCAUCAGAGCACGUGCCUGGGCAGAAACUGAGGAUCAGAUUGACGUGCACCCACUUCCCUCAGGACCAUUUCGAGUGUCCCCUCCUUGGGGAGGGCUUGCUCUCCUGGCGCUCCCUUCCUCAGCUUGGUUAGGGCAUGGUUCUUGCCAGAAAGACUAUGUUGAGAAAGUUGGGGAUGUUUCUAAAAUCAUCUGACCCGGCUCCUCUGCUCCCAGUGGUGGAGCCGCCCUGCGGACUCCUGUGCUCGGGAACGAGUGCUCGGGCGGGGCGGGGGGGGGGGGGGGGGGGGGGGGGAGGGGGAGGGGACACACCUUCUCCCCCAGAGCUUUCACCUUGAAUCUGAGCCGACAGUGGCUCAGUCCGGCCGCAUGAGAAACGUGUGACAGCGUGAUUUGCCACUUGAUUUGGAUGGCAGACUAGCGGGCCAAGGGUAUUCUCUGGAAAAAAUGAAAACACAGCUUAGUAGACCUCUCCAUCCGCACCACAUCGAAAAGUCUGGGGACCCAUAAGGGUGACAACCUGAAUAAUACACAGUUAACCCCCAGAGCUUUUAUGUUUAAGGAGUACAGAGUGAAAGUCUCCCUGCCUGCAUCCCUAAACUUCAGACAGAAUUUUUCUGAUCACUAGGACUCCAGUUAAUGGCAUAAAGCAAAACAUAAUCUUUCUAGACUGUCAGCUUUAAAUCUGAACACUCACAGACACUAUCUUCCUCCUACAGACGAGCAUGUCUGUCCUCCACAGUUGCCUUACUGCGUUAUCUCCACUGCUUUCGUUCUCCUGACCUGAUGAUUCUAGCAUAGAAAAUGAAAGUUUUGGGCCAGCACAAAUGAAAUGAAACCAAAAAAUAAGUAGAAGAGGAAAUCAAAUGAACAUGAAUAUGAGAAUUUCUUGUUCCUUAGUAUCACGGGUUUUGUUAAUGUUUUAUAAGUAAUUUUCCCUAUUUGAUUUUUCUUUUAUAAAAUCUCAUAGAACAAUGUUUAUGAUACAGCCAUUUAAUAUAUGUACAAAUUGUAAAGAAUAUGUAUAAAUGUUUUACACAAAUGUAAGAGCAUGUAGAAGCCAACAUAUAAAUAAAUUGUUGAAAACUGUACAGUAAAUUCUGAAAACACAUUUUCAAAACA